AUGGCACGCCUUCCGCAGCCUUUGAGUGCCUUGCGGCCCAUGUCGCGAUGGUUUCAGCACAGUGGAGCCUGUUCCAGCUCUGUCUGCAAAGAUCGGCACUGGAAUCCGGCAGUGAUCGUGGCUGGAGCAGGCUUGGGCUUGGGCUACUACUCGGGGUAUGGGAACAAAGCACGACCUGGCUGUGAAGAAAAGGGGGAAGCUUACUGGUGGAAGGACCCUUCCAAAUGCUCAGAUGCGAGCUCGCUUUGGCAGCGAGGAUGGGAUAGUGAUUGGGACGGGCGAGCUAAGCCGACGUCUUCGGGCACCACGCCGGUCAAGACAACAGGACCAAUUCGUCAUCUCUUGCUCAUCCGGCACGGGCAGUAUAACUUGGAUGAUGAUGAACAUGGGCUGACCGGCUCGCUGACCGACCUGGGCCGUGAGCAGUCGGCAAAGCUCGGGCAGAGGCUCCUGUCGGAAAGACUUGGCUUGAAGAAAGAUCGAUAUGGAGAGGUCCAGGUGCAAUACAGUGGCAUCUGGGUCAGCACUGUCACCCGAGCACGUCAGACAGCGGAGAUUCUGUCCAGCUACUUACCGGAUGUUCCAGUGCAAGAUCCAGAUCCCCUUUUGGCCGAGGGCAAACCAACCGUGCCCCAUCCCACCUCGCAGCAGCCAGCGCGACCUGCCGACAUCUGGGAAGACUCUGCGCGCAUGGAAGCAGGUUUCAGGAAGUACGUGCACCGCGCAGUUGACCACAAGCGGCUUGCGGAAAAGGAAGCCAAGAGGGAGAAGAAGCUCAAAAAGGAGCUCGGAGAAGGAUAUGUCCCACCGGAAAAGCAAGAGGCAGAGAUGGCGGAGGUCGAGAAGGAGCCAGAGCCGCAGCGGGUCUACGAAAUCUAUGUGUGUCACAUGAACUUGAUUCGCUACUUUGUGAUGCGUGCACUGCAACUUCCGCCAGAAGCUUGGCUUCGUCUGAGGGGCGACAACGCAGGCAUAACCGAGAUCAUCAUCCACCCCGAUGGGCGAGUCAGCUUGUCUCGCUUUGCGGAUGUCGGCCACUUGCCGAUUGAGAUGGUGACUUUCCAUUGA